CCCAGGACAAGUAUCAGUUUUACCUGAAGCCAAAGCAAAAUGAUUUGUAAGAUUGCUAUUCUUCUUUCUACUAUCUCCAUGGUGAUAGCUGAUGGCUAUUUAGGGCACUACGCAGCUGCCAAACCCUAUGCCUUUGGCUACACCGUUAAAGAUCAUCACGGUGAGAAACACCGACAGGAAUCCGGUAUUGGUGGGCAACACGUUCAGGGAAGCUAUGGAUUCACUGACAAUAGGGGCAUCCAAAGGCAUGUUGACUACGUUGCCGAUCACGGUGGAUUUAAAGCCUCAAUAAAAACCAACGAACCUGGAACUUCUAACCAGGAUCCUGCAGCUGUCAAUAUCCACUCCUCAGCCCAUCCCUACUAUGGAGCCGGAUAUGGAGUCCAUGGAGGCUAUGCAGGACAUGCUGGAUCAUUGGUAGGGAAAAGCUAUGGAGGAUAUGGAUAUGAAGGAUAUGGAUAUGGAGGACACGGAUAUGGAGGACAUGGAUAUGCAGGACUUGGGUAUGCAGGGCAUGGAGGUGAUAAUGGAGCUUAUGGACUUGGUGUCUACGGCCAUGGUGGUAAAGGAGUAUGGUGAUUAGCUAACGGCCAUUAGUUUUAAAGGUUUUCAUUCAGGGAUACGCUAUCAGGACUGUAACAUUUUUGAAUCGCUUUAUCAUCAGGGUUGGUGUUAGCAUUUUUGAAAUAUUGAAAUUUUUCGCUUC